AUGGGGAAACUUUUACUGACAAGCGGCCAAGUCCAGGUCUUGCUAUCAUCAGCUUUUGUGGCAGCGAUAACCUUCUUCCUCUUCCUUGCCGGCUACACAGUCCAGCAACGAUCCAUUGCCAACCUUCAAUCUCAACUUAAGCCACGCAUUCCAAUUGCUCCUGUAUCGGAAUCUGCACAACAACCUUUAUCAGGACCUCAACACCCCUCUCGUCUAUUCAACCCUGAGCAAAAUGUCUUGAUCUCUGAGCACGCGGCCGCUCAAGAACCACAACAAGCGAACUGGCAAAAGCUCGCACACGUCCAAGUCGUCACGAAUCAUCAUGAUGUCUGCAGUACAAUCAUGUUCUUCGGCGACCUCGCUCGUCUGAAAUCUCCAGCCCGUCGCAUUCUCCUAUUCCCGCAAGUUUGGGCGAUGGAGAAACAAGCUGCCAAACAUGACCUGAUAGAUCCUUAUAUGGACAUUACGCGACGUCUCCUCCGCAGAGCUGCUCGACGUUAUAACGUCGAGUUACGGCCUAUCAACUCUUUUGCUGGGCAGGACGACAACCCACUCGCCAGUCUUUGGGCCUUGACGGACCUUGAAAGAGUCAUGUUGUUGCAGACACCAGGACUGGUUCAAGAUGCUGAAGCUUUGGAUGCGGUUUUGGCAUAUACAAAUCCUGCACCCAUGACUUUGUUACAGCAGGAUACAGAUUCAAGCCUCUCGUCCGAAGACUUGAUCCUUGCGACCCCAGCCAAGGAGACACAUAGGGUACUCACCAUGAAUGGCUUGCGGAACAUCACAUCUUUGGUUGCCGCCUUGCACCCUGCCUAUCUCUCGUCGCCUCACACUAUCGCUAGCAUCGGCAGUCUGCACGAUGUUAUCCAGCCAAACAAGACGGCCUUCAUGGAAACCCCGUACAUUCGCUUCAACGACCCUAAGCUGCCUGGUCCUGAGUGGGAGGUUGACUAUGCGAGAAUCGUAGAAGCUCGUCCCAAAGACAAAGACGCAGAUUGGUUGUGGACAAAGAUGUAUGGUGAGUUUGCCGGCAGGAGAUACGAUAUUUGUGGUUUGGGCUUGGAGGUAUGGAGAGAUGAAUGA